CGGGCACCCCGGCCUUACCCUCGGGCAUGACUGGGAGGCGAACGGGCUCUCGACCGUCCUACGCGAUUCAAUCAGGCCGUUAUAAAGAGGUCGUCGCCUCCCUUUAAAUGCAUUGGGCACGGAUGGUCCCGCGGUCUGUCCGAACUCGGGUUGGAGAGUUCGCAAACCCUGGAGGGUUAUCGUCCGAGAGCAUUAACUCAGCUUCGCCCUGGACAGAUGAUGCCUGAUCGUCAGAUUUACACGAUCUUUUGCCUCUGUACCAGCCUUCUAGCUGGAUUGUGUCGCCCCCUCUCCCAAGGAGAUUUGGCUUUCAAAUGGAUAAGGAAUCAGAAGACAGAGAGAUUCUUAAAAAAUUGGGGACUGCUUUAAACAUUUCUGAUGGUGAUACAGACAAGCAGGAUGUAUCUUCUGGCCAACUAACUUGUGACUCAGCUUCAUGCAGGCUACCCACAGUGGAUGGUGAUGUUGCAGGAGCGAGUGGCAAUGCUGACAGGCCACAGUUAGACAUUAAUGCUGACAGUCGAGGGUCAGCAGAAGAACGAUUCUUUGAAUGCAGGGAAGCACUUGAGACUGAUGGGUGUGCAGAUGUGGAAGAAGAUGUAACAAAGUUGGAACAGGAGAAUGAUUCUAAGUUAGAAGAAACCAAAACACUUGAGUUUGAUGAAGAAUAUUUACGAGAAUUGGAAAAAGAUUUGCCUGAAGAAGAGAAAAAGCGAAGACAAAGUGAGAGUUUAACACUGAAAGAGGUUGGCAAUGAGCAGUUUAAAAAAGGAGAGUAUCCUGAAGCUGAGAACUCCUAUACAGAAGCCCUUGGGAUUUGCCCAGCCUGCCACCAGAAAGAUAGAUCUAUUCUUUAUUCUAAUAGAGCAGCUGCUAGAAUGAAACUGGGUAAUAAGGAAGAUGCCAUAUCUGAUUGUACCAAAGCUAUUGAAUUAAACCCCAAUUACAUUCGUGCUUUCCUGAGGAGGGCAGAGCUCUAUGAGAAAACUGAAAAACUUGAUGAAGCUCUGCAGGAUUAUAAAACCAUUGUAGAAAAAGAUCCGUCAGUAGUCCAAGCCAGAGAAGCCUGCAUGAGAUUACCGCAACAAAUCGAAGAAAGAAAUGAGAAGAUGAAAGAAGAGAUGCUAGGCAAGCUGAAAGAUCUUGGCAACAUGGUUCUGCGACCUUUUGGCCUGUCCACUGACAACUUCCUGUUACAGAAGGAUCCAAACUCCGGCUCAUACUCUAUCAACUUUGUGCAAAACCCAAAUAACAAUAAUAGAUAAUACUUAUUACUGGGAAUAGUUCAGUUUAAGAGUGUGCUUGAGCAAAAUGUAGUUGUACAAUUGUAAAAUGCUGCUUUCCCAGCAAACAAAUCUGUUCCAAUUAUUGCUGCAUUUUUUGCAGGUACUUAUUUUUCAAGUUUUAAGACACUUGAUUUGAGCUGCUUCGAAGUAAAGGCAACAGUUGAAGCUGUAAGCUUUUUAUCAUUAUAAUUGGAUAAGUAUUAAACCAAGUAUGAUUUUGUUUUGGUGUUUGAAAAAAUAUUUUUUCAUUUUCAUUAAAUGCAGAUACGAAUUGCCAUGUAAGAUUUUUGUUUGUUGUCUGCAAACUACUGAUGGGAUGUCUAGUUAUGUACUGUUGAUCAUGCUGAAUAUCUUAAUAAGUUUACUGCCUUAUUUUCUGUGGACUCCCCCAAAAAAAACAAAAUAAAGUUAGAAUAUACAUUGGUAUGUUUCCUUCUGGUAAAAUAGCGAUGCACUCAGAUGCAGUAGCUUCUAUGGGGUCAACCAAAGGUGUCAUUGUCUUUUUUUAAGCUGCUUUUUUAUGAUCGCAAAACCCUGCUGGACAUUAAAAAUUUAAAGUACUGCAAGUCUACCCCAUUAGUGAGGUGUUUGACAGAGAAACUGGAGAUCUGGACCGUGCGGACUGCGAUGCUGCUUUUGACAGGCAUUGGUACGCGAAGGAGGUGUGCAGCCUUAACAGCAAGUGAUCGUCCUAGUCACUUUUCUUGUGAUUGCAAGACCCUUGGACAUUGGUUGUGUGAAUUGCAGCAAGUCCAGUUCAUUGGUUUAUUGGUGAACUGCGUGGGCAGAUGGAGGAAAAGCUGUGUGGCCUCAGUCGUAGCAGGAAUUAGCCCUCAUGCUGUGGUGUUGCCUGCUUGUAGUCACCCAGGGCAAGGUGUUGGAGUCGGGUGCCGGAGACAAUGUGCUGAGAUGUCCAUGCUGGAUUCGGAGCUGCUGCCCUCACUGUUUGCUCAGCAUAAGAAAACCUUUAUUAUGUUUGACUGUAGACUGCUGCAGCAUUCAAUAACUCAGAGACUUGCAUGAUUUUUUUGUGCAACUGCAUUUUACUGCUCUCUUAUGUGCUUGUAAUUGUUUAUGUGCUUGCUAUCUGGCAUGUGCAAAAUGUACUUUGGGCUGUGUAUGAUUGGUGGUUGUGUUUUUUGCACCUUGGCCCCAGUGCAACGCUAUUUCAUUCAGCUAUAGCCAUUGGCAUUCAUGUAUGGUUGAAUAACAUUUAAACCUGAACUUCAGAGAACUUGCUGAAAAUAAAAAUAUUUAAAGCGUACUUCAUUUUGAUAAAACCUGCAUUGCUUUAGUAUGCAAGUAGAAGUUACUUAUCUGUACCUAGGGAGGACAGCUAGCUUUCUUAUCCAAACAAUUUUUGAAAGAGCAUGGAUAAUGUUAUAAAGCAUUGCACAAUAACCAGCCAUCUGGCUCAACAGAUCCACACUAUCGUGUUUAAGCUAUACCUCUACUUCUUUCCAAUCUAUUCAUUUUUAUCUGGCAUUGGCCUAAUUGCAUCUAUGCUGUUCACUUCAGUUAUUCUUUUUGAUAGAAGUUCCACAUAUUUUACCCAAAUAAAAACAUUGUCAUUACAUUUGUAUAUCAAGUUGACUCACAUUUCUUACAGACCUCAUGAAGGAAAUCAUUUGGCACAUCAAAUCCAUGCAGGGCUCUGCAUACCCAUCAGCUAUAUUUCCUUGUAAACUAUUCACUCUUGUUUAAUCAUUAAUAGCCACCGAUUCUCCCAUCAGCCGCUUACACCAUGGAUGAUUUUCAGUAGCCAGUUACUGUGAUAACCAGUGGAUCUGUGGGUGUGGGAGGAAGCCUACAUCUUUACAGGGAGAAUGUGCAAGCUCCACAUUGAUGGCACCGGAGUUCAGAAUUGAACUCAGAUUGUUGGAGCUUUCAGCCAGUUGCAGUACUUACAGUGCUACUCUACCAUCCAGAGAACUGUCAGUUCUUUCCUCAGCCUUUUUGUUUUUGAACACAGAGCUUUAUUUCUCAUUCAUUCUUUUACAGUUAUGACAAACUUGUUUUGAAAUCAUUAUAGUGGAUCAUUUUUGCAUCUUAUCUACCGCCUGUCUGUCUCCUUAAUGCCUUGUAAAAGUAUUCAACCCCCAAUCCUUUGUUCACAUAAAUGAGUAUUACAACCAUUUGAUCAAUUUAACUGAGAGUUUUUAUAUGUACAUUUCACACUUCCUUUGUUUUUCACAGUAGAGCCCAAAAAAAUUAUAAAGCAUAAAAAACUAAACGUUCAUAUAAGUUUUCAUCCCCCUUUUCUUUGUACUUAGUUUAAUCACCUCACGCAGCUAUUACAACCAGUAGUUUUUUUGGAUAAGUUUUCUAUUAGCUUUGCACAAUGUGAUGGAGUGAGAUUUGCCCAUUCCUCCUUGCAAAAUUGCUCAAAUUGUGCCAGGAUAGUUGAGGAGCAACGGUGGACAGCAAUCCUGAGGUCUUAUCAGAGAUACUCGAUUGGGUUAAGAUCAGGACUCUGACUGGACCACUCAAGGACAUCAGUUUUCUUCAUUUAAAGCCACUCCAUGGUGCUCUGGCAGUGUGCUUUGGGUCAUCGUCCUGCUGAAGGAUGAACUUCCUCCCCAGUUUAAGCUUUCUGGCAGAGGCUAGCAGGCUUUUAUCCAGGAAUAUCUCUCUAUUUAGCAGCAUUCAUCUUCCCAUCAAUCCUGACCAGAUUUCUAAUCCCUGCUGCUGAAAGGAUCCCUAUAGCAUGAUAAUUUACAGUUGGGAUGGUGACUUCUACAGCUCACUCAGAGUGACUGUGCUGUCACAGUAGCCUCUCUUACAAGUGUCAUUCUUCUCUGGUGACUACGUUUUGAGGGGCAGCCUGACCUAAGCAGUGUGGGUGUGGUUUCAUAUUUUUUACACUUUUCCCCAGAUUUAUGCUUUGUUAUAAUUUCCCUGACUUACCUUAAAAUGCUCUUGUCUUCAUUUUGGUUUGGUUGGUUGAAAAUCUACCAUGCUGUUGGACCUUGUUUGGUGGGGGGGGGGGGGUAUUCUUAUGAAUUAAUUGAAAACAGGCGAUCCUCCAAUUUUCUGCAUCAAUAAAUUGGGUGAGUUGGUAAAGGUAAUUCUGUAUAUUGCACCUGAGAAAGGUUAGCGUAGUAAUUACAAUUGGAUGAGUACAUUUUCAGCUUCAAAUGUUUGGUUUCUAAUUGUUAGUAAAUUGUUCACAAGGUUUGGAACUUUUGAUUUGACAUAAUGCACAAUGUUUUGUAGAUUAGCUAGAAAAUCCGACUUCAAUAUAGCUUACAUUUAGAAAAAGUGAAAAUAGUUGUGGGGACUGAAUUCUUUUUCAAGGCACAGCACAGUGAUCAGAAUAAUCGAUAGUUGUGGACUAACCAAUGUGCUAAAAAGAUUUUGCACAGCUUCAUUGCUGUUUAAUUGUACUGGUUUUGAAAUGAAGCCAAAGGCUUUUAUUUAUGUCCUAUUUUAAUGAUUUUCCAUUUUAUAACAACAGAUCCUUUCAUUCUGUACCUCAUUUAGAAACAUGCACUGAGUUUAUAGCCUUCCCUAUUUGUAUCAUUAAAAUGUGAAAACUCACAUAUACAUAAGCUCAUUUGCCGAUUAUGUGCUCACGCUGCAAGGCUGCUGCUGAUUUCCUGUGCAGUAGUUUCUUACAGUUCUCUAUAUUAAGCCAAAUACAUUACUCUACCCACCCAUCAAUACUUAAAACCUGUUGUGUAAAUUAUAAUGAACAGUAAUCCCAGCAGCAAUAGCUGUGGAACACCACAUCAUACCUCUUUAUGCCAAUUUGAGUCAUCACUUCCAAUCCCUGGAAACUAGAUCUAUUUCUUUGCUUUACAUUAUGCCUUGUUUCUGUGUUCUGAUCUUUUUCUCAAGUGUGCUCUGUAUUUUAGAAAUCCAACUAUUUUGGCUUCUCUGUCACCCUUGCACUUCAGCGGUGACUUAAAAUAACACUGGACAACAAAGGUUUUGCUUCCUGAAUACUGGAGUGUACGUUAUGGAUUUUGGGCUGCUGAUUUCAAGAAUCCCCAUGAGAUUUCCCUAUAAUGCACCAUUUAUUGGAAAACGUCUACAUUUGUUAUUUCUAUUCAUACUUCAAGCCAAUUAAAAUGUUCCCCACAAUGUAA